CGACGCGACGCGAUUUAAUUGACGCGUGCUUUACGUGUCUUAUAUCUUGACCACGAUGGUAUCUGCAAACGAUGUUCAGCGUCUCUUUCUCCAAGGUGUAUUUUCGCGCAGUAUUCUUUCCUUCAAGCACGCUCAGGUUCUCUGGGAAAAAUGUAUCGAUGCUGUCAAAGUUGCAAACCCGACAUUGGAUAUUCGUUUUUCUGACAAAAGAGAGGAUUGGGAUCUCUUCGUGAUCAGUAUCAAUAAUUCUCUCAAUUGCCUGGACCUCGAGUUUCGGCAUCUGACAGAUGAACAGACUGGAAGGGAGAUGUACGCUAUGGUGAACAGCAAGGAUGAUGAAAUUGCACAGAUGGCUACAGAUUACACACCAGUUGAAAUCGCCUACUUCAAGGCAGUAGUGGAGCAAAUCAUGCUCGCCCCGCAUGAGGCGUACUCUGUAUCCUCAUUACUCGCCCUACGCGAAGUUAACUCUCUCAAGACAAACAUGACGAAAGCGCAAGCCGAAAUCGUGCUCGGCAGUUUUGUCGCCAAAGGGUGGUUGUUAAAGAGCAGACGAGGUCGCUAUUCCCUCUCAACGCGCACGUUGCUGGAACUACUUCCGUACCUCAAAAACUCAUAUCCCGAAGAGUGUCUUGAAUGCGUCAUAUGCUAUGAGAUCGUUACCCGUGGCGUCGCCUGCAGCACGCCGAACUGCAAGGCACGUUUGCACUACCACUGUUGUAGGAAGUAUCGCAGUCGGAAUACCAAGUGUCCAGCUUGUUUGCAAGAUUGGCCACAGGACGCCAAGAAUAUGACCCCUGUUGGCGAGGAAGCCAUCAAGAAUGGUCAAGACGAGGGACGCCGUGUACAGAGGGAAAGUACUGAGGAUGGAAGUGAUGAGGAAGACGAAGAAGAGAUGGAAGUGGAGCCUUCGCAACCAUCACGGACUCGGACUCUGUCACAGCGAAAAGGUAAGGGCAGGAGCAAGGGCAAAGGCAAACAGAAAAAGGCACCUAUAGAUAUGGAUGUAGACGACGACGAAGAUGAAGAAGAGGAAGCCCCACAGCAGACACAAGGAAACGGGCGCCGCCGCACGACACGCACUCGGUGAUUUCAAGAGUAUUAUUUAUUGUACUCUACACUAGCCUAGCCUACUAUUGCUCUAUUGAUGAUUGGCUUGGGUGUGAUGCACAGCUGGCCGUCACCCGCCCGUCUUCUU